UACAGGGUACAGGGUACAAAAAAAGCUUACCCUGCACAUCUCUACUACGCAUUUAGUUUUUAUAUGUUAAUUUUUAUGUAUGAAUUCUAUUUAUGAAAUUAAAUAUUUCAUCAUUAUAAAAAGCAUAUAUAUAGGAUAUAACAUGAACAUACUUCGGAAUUAGUAGAGUUUUCUUGACUUAACCGACGAUAAAUCGGUCUGUUUAAUAUAUUCAAUUAACGAACUAGUCCUUUCGAGAAAACGACAUACAGUAUGAAAUUCAUAUAACUCUUGAAAUUUCUCAUGAAGACAACUAUUGUUUUACUCUGACACGUUCCAUAUACACUAAUAUAUGACAAUAGAAGGAAAACUUUUUUUUUUGAUAUUUGUGUAAUGAAAGUAUGAACUGAUAACUACUAGCUAUUGAACAUUUCUGAUAGUCAGUUACAAGUAGUUCAAAAGACUCAACUCGAAAUUGCAAAAUGGAAAACUGAAUUUAUCUUCUAAUGACUGACUACUUUUUCGUGAUCAUAAUCAAUACAUUAAGCAUGAUCCGAGAUCCUUAUUGUACUGUAACAAAGGUUGAGUUCAGAAUUUAGACUUGAGAUUUUGAUGACGAAUAGAAAUUUGUUUUUGGCUUAUAUUUUUUAAUCGUUAAUGCCGUAGAAAUCAAUAAAAACGAGCAAAUUAGACAAGCUUUAAUGCUUUAAAUACUUGUGAAAUCGGUCGAUCCAGUUCCAAGUAGGAACACGUAGCUAGUGAGAAUUGAUAGAUUAAAUCAGCACGAUAAAAAAUGGUACAUAUAAGAUCUUAUACCCUGAAAACAUGACCUUAAUACUGCUUAUCAUUUCUCGAUUGAAACAGUUCUCAGUAAUGUCAUUUACAUUAUUGUAAAAAAUGUAAUGUAAUCUGAAAUUACGGACAAAAUAAAAACAACAAUGAGGGUUGAUGACAUUUUUUUUUACCGUCUGCUGUUCGAUGAUUGUCUUUGAAUCGAUUUUUUGCUCAUAUGAAAAGUCAUUAUUAUUGUUGCAAAGCUUGAUUUUGAUUGACAUAGUCUUACUACAUAAAAAAAAUGUUUGUUUUAGGUGCCGCUAGUACAGCACGAGCAUUAAGUUCUUAUUUUGAUUCUCUAAUUAAUUUUGCAAUGAGAACCUAUUUUAUACAACAUUUACCAUUACAUUCUGGAAUAUUUUCAGAAUAUGCAGAUUUAUUUGCUAUGGGUUUAUGUCUUGUUAUAACUCUUCUUUUGGUGAUUGGUAUUAAAGAAUCAGCAGUAUUAAAUAAUAUUCUUACAGCUGUUAAUCUUACUGUUAUUGUUACUGUUGUUAUUGCUGGUUUAACUGUAGUUAAUAAACAUAAUUGGAAUAUUUCACCAAAUGAAGUAGAAAAUAUAACCAAUAGUACAAAGAUUAUUGGUAAAGGUGGAUUUUUUCCAUUUGGUUUUGAAGGAACAUUAGCUGGUGCAGCAACAUGUUUUUAUGCUUUUGUUGGUUUUGAUCUUGUUGCAACAACUGGUGAAGAAACUAAAAAUCCACAACGAGCUAUUCCAAUGUCUAUUUGUUUAACAUUACUUAUUUGUACAAUAGCUUAUUGUGCUGUAUCAAUUGUUGUUACAUUGAUGGUAAGAAAUUUAUUAGAAUUGCAAUAG